GUGGCAAUUACCCGCUGAUUUUUCUCCACUAAUCAUAAAGACAUUGGCACCCUCUAUCUUGUAUUUGGUGCCUGGGCUGGGAUAGUCGGGACCGCCUUAAGCCUUCUUAUCCGGGCUGAAUUAAGCCAACCCGGAGCGCUUUUAGGUGAUGAUCAAAUUUAUAAUGUUAUCGUUACUGCUCACGCUUUCGUAAUAAUCUUCUUUAUAGUCAUACCAAUCCUCAUUGGAGGCUUUGGAAAUUGACUUGUGCCAUUAAUAAUUGGGGCCCCAGAUAUAGCAUUUCCCCGAAUAAACAACAUGAGCUUCUGACUUCUACCCCCAUCAUUCCUUCUAUUAUUAGCCUCUUCUGGAGUAGAGGCUGGUGCAGGAACAGGAUGAACAGUGUACCCACCACUUGCAGGAAACCUAGCCCAUGCCGGAGCAUCAGUAGACUUAACGAUCUUCUCGCUUCAUUUAGCGGGGGUCUCAUCAAUUCUUGGUGCAAUUAAUUUUAUCACCACAACAAUUAAUAUAAAACCCCCGGCCCUAUCUCAAUACCAAACACCCCUAUUUGUGUGAUCUGUCCUUGUAACUGCCGUCCUUCUUCUUCUUUCACUACCUGUUUUAGCCGCCGGAAUUACAAUACUUUUAACAGACCGAAAUUUAAACACCACAUUCUUCGACCCAGCCGGUGGAGGUGACCCAAUCUUAUAUCAACACUUAUUCUGAUUCUUCGGACACCCAGAAGUUUACAUUCUCAUUCUCCCAGGGUUUGGAAUUAUUUCUCAUGUUGUAGCCUAUUAUUCAGGUAAAAAAGAACCAUUUGGUUAUAUAGGAAUAGUCUGAGCUAUAAUAGCCAUCGGCCUCCUUGGGUUUAUUGUAUGGGCACACCACAUAUUCACUGUAGGAAUAGAUGUAGACACCCGCGCAUACUUUACAUCCGCAACAAUAAUUAUUGCAAUCCCAACAGGUGUAAAAGUAUUUAGCUGAUUAGCCACCCUUCACGGUGGCUCAAUCAAAUGAGAAACACCAAUACUAUGAGCCCUGGGCUUUAUUUUCCUGUUUACUGUUGGAGGAUUAACAGGAAUCGUCCUAUCCAACUCAUCACUUGACAUUGUUCUUCACGACACCUAUUACGUAGUAGCACAUUUCCACUAUGUAUUAUCUAUGGGUGCCGUAUUUGCCAUUAUAGCAGCUUUCGUUCAUUGAUUUCCCCUACUUUCAGGAUACUCCCUUCACAGUACUUGAACAAAAAUCCACUUUGGGGUUAUAUUUAUUGGAGUAAAUCUAACAUUCUUCCCACAACACUUCCUAGGUCUAGCAGGCAUGCCACGACGAUAUUCCGACUACCCAGAUGCCUACGCACUAUGAAAUACAGUAUCAUCUAUUGGGUCAUUAAUUUCUUUAGUAGCUGUAAUUAUGUUCCUAUUUAUUCUAUGAGAAGCCUUCGCCGCUAAACGAGAAGUCUCAUCUGUUGAAUUAACAACAACAAACGUAGAAUGACUUAAUGGCUGCCCGCCUCCCUACCAUACUUACGAGGAACCAGCAUUCGUCCAAAUUCAAUCAAAUUAA